CGGGAGGCCGGACGCCCCCCGGGACGCGCAGCAGCGGGCCACCCUCAGCCGGCCCGGCCACCGGACCCGAGCGGACGAGGGCCGUUUGAUGAAAUCCGAAAGCAUGAGGAUAAAGGAGAUCUCCCUGCGGCAGGACCCCGACCUGAGAAAGGAGUUGGCCUUGUUAGCGCGCGGUUGUGACUUCGUUUUACCGUCCCGCUUCAAGAAGAGGCUCAAAGCUUUCCAGCAUUUUCAGGUGCAGACGAAGAAAGAAGAAGGCGUGACCCCGGCCCCCAGCCCCAGCAUUCCCGCUUUUUACUUUCCCCGAGGGUGUCCCAAGGAGCAGGUGAACAUCGACGCCGUCAUUUCCAAAGUGGAGCGGGCUUUCUCCCGGUUUCCCAACGAGAGGGCCACCCUGGAAGACAUGGGCCAAGUGGCGAAGGCCUGCGAUUGUCCCUUCUACUGGAAAGGGCCGCUCUUCUUCGGCGCCGGAGGCGAAAGGACCGGCUACGUGUCCGUCCACAAAUUUGUCGCCAUGUGGAGAAAGAUCCUUCAGAACUGCCACGACGACGCUGCCAAGUUCGUCCACCUCUUAAUGAACCCCGGGUGCAACUAUCUGGUGCAGGAAGAUUUCAUUCCCUUUCUACAAGAUGUGGUGAACACUCAUCCCGGCUUAUCGUUUCUCAAGGAGGUGUCGGAAUUCCACUCGCGCUACAUCACGACGGUCAUACAGCGGAUAUUUUACACCAUCAACAGGUCGUGGUCUGGGCGGAUCACCUGUCCCGAACUCCGGAAAAGUAACUUUCUGCAGAACGUGGCCCUGCUGGAAGAGGAGGCGGACAUCAACCAGCUGACGGACUUCUUCUCGUACGAGCACUUCUACGUCAUCUACUGCAAGUUCUGGGAGCUGGACACGGACCACGACCUCUACAUCGACCCCAAGGAUUUAGCCCGACACAACGACCAGGCGAUUUCAAGUCGGAUGAUCGAGCGGAUCUUCUCGGGAGCCGUAACCAGGGGCCGCAAAGUACAGAAAGAAGGGAAGAUCAGCUACGCCGACUUCGUCUGGUUUCUGCUAUCCGAAGAAGACAAGAAAACUCCAACGAGCAUCGAGUACUGGUUCCGCUGCAUGGACCUGGACGGAGACGGGGUGCUGUCUAUGUACGAGCUGGCCCACUUCUACGAGGAGCAGUGCCAGAAGCUGGACAACCUGGCCAUAGAGCCCCUGCCCUUCCAAGACUGCCUCUGUCAGAUGCUGGAUCUGGUCAAGCCCCAGUGCCCAGGGAAAAUCACCCUGCGGGACCUGAAGCGCUGCAAGAUGGCCGGCGUCUUCUUCGACACCUUCUUCAACGUCGAGAAGUACCUGGACCACGAGCAGAGGGACCAGCUCGCCGUGCUGAGGGACGAGGACGGCGAGGGCCAAGAGGCCUCGGACUGGGAGCGGUACGCCGCCGAAGAGUACGGCCUGCUCGUGGCCGAGGACGCCGCCGGCGACCAGUGGGACGACGGGGACUCUGACUUCUCCGACUACUAGCCCGCUCGGGGCUCUAGAUGAGGAGAGGCUCAGCCCGGAGCCGGCCGCCGGCCCGAAGCCGCAGUGGGAGCAGAGGCCGUUCUUCGCCGCGCCUUCCCCGCCGGGAGCCCGCCAGGAC